AUAUCAGCAUGCAUCUGCAUGCGAGAAUGCAUGCGAGAAUAAUAUGGUCGGUGCAACACUCGGCCGAGCAGCGGCGGCAUUAGAGUGGAGGAAUUCGCAAAAAGGCCGUGGCCAAAGAGCAACGAGCCAUAAAAACGAACCUUUUCCCCUAUGCCCUUUAUCGCUGCAUCUCCAUCCUCACCUGCCCACCUCCUCCAAGCCUGCAGCCCGCAGUCAGCUCCACACCUCCACCAUGCGCUACACCACGUUCGCGGCCUGCGCGGCCUUUGCCGCGUCCGCCGUCCUGGCCAAGGAGCUGCCCAAGGACGAGCUCCGGGCGGCGGAGCUGUACGACAGCGGCGUGGUGCACCAGGGCAUCAUGGAGCGCAAGACGGCCUUCUGGGAGGCGUCGUCGCGCGCCGGCCUGCUCGACUCGGCGUCGUACCCGCGGCUCAACUACACAAAGUGCGUCGACGGCAAGGCCGAGGCUAUCAAGGGCGACCCGCUGCACACUUUCAGGUGCAAGAACAUGGACCUGUACGACUUUAUCAACCACGCGGAGCUGGGUUCACCCGGGUCCGACGCCCCGAACCGCGUCGGCUCCGGGUCGUGGGGCUGGACUGAUCCCGAGUCCGGGCGUGAGUUUGUGGCCAACGGCGCCUUUCAGGGCACCCAGUUCCUCGAGAUCCUGCCCGAGGGCCGCCUUAGGCACCUGGGGUUCCUGCCCAGCCACGCCCCGGACACGUCGCGUUCGCUGUGGAAGGAGCUGAAGAGCUACCAGCACUACAUCCUGAUCUCGUCGGAGCUUCCCGGGCAUGGCGUUCAGAUUUUCGACCUGCGCAAGCUCCUCCCCCUGACCGACGCCGAGAUCCCAAAGCGCUUCGGUAAGGCGGACUACACCGGCCACUUUAACGAGAUCGCUGAGGGUAGGACCCACAACGUUGUCGUCAACGAGGAGGGCCAGUACGGCGUCACGGUGGGCAACCAGCCCAGGGAUAAGGACUGCCUAGGCGGCCUGAUCUUUUUCGACCUCAAGGAUCCCGCCAACCCGAAGAGGAUAGGGUGCAACAAGGACGACGGCUACGUGCACGAUGCCCAAUGCAUCAUCUACCGCGGCCCCCACGAGAAGUACUACGGUCGCGACAUCUGCUACGGAUACAACGAGGAUAGCUUGACCAUUUACGACGUGACCGACAAGGCCAACUCCAAGAUUAUCUCCAUAACCUCGUACGAAGGGGCCAGCUUCACACACCAAGGAUGGGUGAACAACCCGCAAUGGCAGGAGUGGCUAUACAUGGAUGAUGAACUCGACGAGCAAAACGCCGCCGGCCUGGGCAAGGACGGGUUCCCAGUUACGUACAUCUGGGACAUCCGCGACCUCGAGCGCCCGAGGCAGACGGGCUUCUGGAAGGGCACGGUGCGCGCCAUCGACCACAACCAGUACAUCAACCCGCACGACGGGCUCAUGUACCAGUCCAACUAUGGCGCCGGCCUGCGCGUUUACGACGUUUCGUCGGUGCCCUCGGACCCCACGGGCGCCUCCGUCGGCGAGGUCGCCUACUUUGAUGUGCACCCCGAGGACGACGCCGAGCCGGGCGGCGGCGCCGCCGCCUUUACGGGGUCGUGGUCGUCGGUCGCGCGCUUCAAGUCGGGGUUCGUGUGGAUCAACACCUUUGAGCGCGGCGGCUUCCUGGUCAAGCCGACCAGGGGCGCGUACGUGCCCUUCAGGCCGGCGGGCUGCAGCGCCGACAACUGCCUGCGCGGCCUGCGGUCCGACGCCCGCCUGGCCGAGGCUAGAGGCUUCUGCGCCGGGUUCCUGGGCGACGCCACCGCCGACGUCGCCGUCGUGCCGGCGUUUGCGGCCGCCGCGUGCGCGCAGGGCCAGAACGUCAUCUCGCGCGUCAGCUCGGCGUGCAGGUGCCUGCCCACACCGACGCCGACGGUGGCUGCGCGCGGGGCGGCGGCGGCGGCGGCGGCAGUAGCGACGGGUGUCUAGGUAAGCAGUUCCUAGACUGGAAGCUCGCUGGCAGGGGGGAAGGGGAGGGUAAUAAUUCGACGAAAAUAGAUAAAUGACAAGAGGCAUUAAUGUAAAAUACCCAUCAUGUGCCUGAUGAACCAUGGGCCUGGGAACCAUGUCGGAUGUCGUAGCGCUCGGUUAAGGUUAAACGAUCUUGGCACGUCGUUGACCACCAACAACCUCUCGGGGAUCAUUGUUUUCACCUUUUAUUUUUAAGGCCCUGACACCUGACCGGGGUG